AUGGAGCAACGAGAAGGUUAUCCCCGACCUUGUGGAUUUAGUUCUGAUGAAGCCAAAAACCUGAUGACGCAUUUAACUUGCAGUGUGUAUGCAAAUGGUGAUUCAAGUGAUGAUGAUUCUGUUGAUAAUUUUGUGAUAGAAAAAGACAUGGCUGUCACGGAUGAAACCAAUAUCAGCGACGAUAGUGCCAGUAGUUACGAUUGUAAUGUAGAUAAUCAGUCAGAUUAUUCUGACUACAAGUGUGAAGUCAUCCAUACAAAUAACAGCGCUAAUGUGAAUCUUGAAAAUGAAAACAGGCAGGCUUUAUAUAUAAAUAGAAAAAAGUACCAGGGUCAGUCGUCAGCUGCACAAGAUCAAGAUAAAGACAUGUGGCAGAUUGUGGACCCUUUCAGCGAAGACCACCUGUCAACAACGCACAGCUUUGGAUGUAAAACUGAGAGUGGUGUUAGGGUAGACCUUGGUUCAAACCCCACACCACUGCAGUGCUUUCAGUCAUUGUUUACGGAGACAUUUCUGAUGCACUUGUUAGAGAGUGUCAACAACUAUGCCAGUCAGCAGUGCCACCCACGACCCAGAUCUAUUUAUUCUGCUUGGGAACCUGUUAGUGAAUAUGAGAUGAUCAAAUUCCUAGCAGUUCUCAUUCACAUGGGAAUCAAUCGUCGUCCUCGUGUGAAAGAUUACUGGUCGACAAAUGCUGCGGAUUACUGUGAAUGGUACCACCAAAUGUUUUCUGGGAAAAGAUUCCAAGCAAUAUUCUAUACAUUGUUCAAUUUUUCAAAAGAAGCAACUGUGGUAGAUAAGAGUAAAACAGAACCAUUUUUCAAUUUGCUGAUUUCCAGGUACAAAGAGGCAUUCUAUCCAUUUGAAGAUGUUACUAUAGAUGAAAUUGUAAUCAGAUGUAAUAGUCAACACGGUUUUAAAAUGCAGAGUACAUCAAAGCCACACUCAGAUCGAACACAGGUUUUUGGCUUGUGUGACAGUAUUACGGGUUACGUUUUCAACAUGUUGAUUUAUCAUGGCAAAGAACUAUCGUUUGGAAGAGAAUGUGAAACCAAUAGCCAACAUACGAUCAAACUAUUUGAUUCCUUACUUCAGGGACUAGAACCAGGCCAUCACAUAUUUUCCGAUCAUUCUUUCACAUCCUAUGGAUUGAUAAAAUUUUUGCUGAAUAAACAGUUUUGCUACACAGGAACCGUGAGCAUAAAUGCUACACAUUUCCCGCUGGAGAUGAAGAAACUUCGACUACAUCACAGGCAGCACGCUUGGUUUCAUCAUGCUACUGAUGAUGUCCUAUGUGUUGCUUGGCAAGAUCAUAAGACUGGAAAGCCGAUUAUUUGUGUGUCAACGAAAGCUGAAGUAAAGAUGGAAACUGUUCAGACUAGCCAAGGCACAUUGUUAGAUAAGCCAGCAGUGAUUAUCAAACAUCAAACUUGUAUGAAGGGAUGCAGUCGAGUGAACCAGACUGCAGAGUAUUAUGACACUUUGAACCGAAAAUCAGUAAAAUUCUGUGAGAAUUUUUUCCCCUGGUUGCUAGAUGUUACACAGCUCAACGCCCAUGUGCUACACACACUGACAAAUGAGAACAAAAUGUCGCUGUUGACUUUCAAGAAAAAGCUUGUAGAAGAACUUGCAAACUUUGCAGCAUCUAAAGUUCAUCCAGAUGACAUUAGAAAAAUCGGCAAGUGUCGAAAAAGAAGCAUCGCAGUCGAACGUCUGCAAGAUGUGAAGCAUGUUGUAGCCUACAUUGACCAAGACAGAAAUUGUAGAGUCUGUAGUACACCGCAGAAACGAAUUCGGACAAAAUUUAUUUGUAAAGGUUGCUCAAUUAAACCACACCUGCAUCCUAAAAAUUGCUUUGAAAAAUAUCAUUCAGCGGACUAUGUAGAAAACUUUUGA